UCCCAGAAAGCACAGAGAGAGGGGGAUAGAAGAAAAGCUUCAAGGCUUCAACGACAAAGAAAAACGUGAUUACCCAUUUAGAGAGGAAGAGAAGUGGAUGGGAUUUCGUUGACUUUUUGGAGAUUGGAAGGAAAAUAAUAUUUGAGAGAGAAGGGGAGGGGAGAUUUAAUUGUCGUAAAACAGAUUUAGAGGAAGAGAGCAGAUUGUCGACUUUUUGGUUAUGAUGGAUGCGAGAGAAGAGAAUGAUAUAGAGAUCGAGGGGAUGAUUGGCUAUGAGAGGAAGGGAUCAGAGUUCUCUGAUCAGAUGAUUAAGGAGCCACUGUUGUUAAAAAGCAGGAUCAACAACACCUCGCAGAUUGCGAUUGUUGGUGCCAAUGUUUGCCCCAUUGAGAGCCUCGAUUACGAGAUUGUUGAGAAUGAUCUUUUUAAGCAGGACUGGAGGUCUAGAAGGAAGGUCGAGAUAUUUCAGUACGUUGUUCUGAAGUGGACUCUUGCACUCCUCAUUGGGUUAGCCACAGGGGUUGUUGCUUUUUUCAAUAACCUUGCAGUUGAGAAUAUUGCUGGAUUCAAACUUCUGCUCACCAAUAAUUUUAUGCUUAAGGAAAAAUAUUAUUUUGCUUUUCUAUCUUUUGCUGGUUGCAACGUGGCUUUGGCAAUUGCUGCUGCAGCACUUUGUGCUUAUAUUGCUCCUGCAGCAGCAGGCUCUGGCAUACCUGAGGUGAAAGCAUACCUCAAUGGUAUUGAUGCCCAUUCUAUUCUGGCUCCAGGUACCCUUUUUGUGAAGAUCUUUGGUUCCAUUUUUGGUGUUGCUGCUGGAUUUGUUGUGGGUAAGGAAGGACCAAUGGUACAUACUGGUGCUUGCAUAGCUAAUUUGCUUGGACAGGGUGGGUCUCGGAAAUACCAUUUAACUUGGAAAUGGCUUAGAUACUUCAAAAAUGAUCGGGACAGGAGGGAUUUGAUCACCUGUGGUGCUGCUGCUGGUGUAGCAGCUGCUUUUCGUGCACCGGUGGGUGGUGUCCUCUUUGCCCUCGAAGAAGUGGCUUCAUGGUGGCGGAGUGCUCUCCUUUGGAGGACAUUUUUUACGACAGCUGUUGUGGCUGUGGUCUUGAGAGGCUUCAUAGAAUUUUGCCGGAGUGGAAAAUGCGGGCUAUUUGGACAAGGAGGUUUGAUCAUGUUUGAUGUCAAUUCAGCAAAAGCCAUGUACAGCACCCAAGAUCUAUUGGCAGUUAUAUUCCUUGGAGUCCUUGGAGGCCUUUUGGGAAGUUUUUACAAUUAUCUUGUGGACAAGGUUCUUCGAACUUACAGCAUCAUUAAUGAGAAGGGUCCUUCAUUUAAAGUCUUGCUUGUCAUCAUCAUUUCCCUUUUGACCUCUUGUUGCACCUAUGGCCUUCCAUGGCUCUCCCCUUGUAUUCCUUGUCCUCCUCACCUUCAGGACCAAUGCCCCACUGUGGGUCGCUCUGGAAACUACAAGAAUUUUCAGUGCCCGCCCAACCACUACAAUGAUCUUGCUUCUCUUUUCUUUAACACCAACGAUGAUGCUAUCCGCAAUCUAUUAACCUCUGGAACUGAAAAGAGAUUCCUGCUCUCUUCCCUUUUUGUUUUCUUUGCUGCUAUGUAUGUUCUUGGUAUUAUAACUUAUGGCAUAGCCAUCCCCUCUGGGCUAUUUAUCCCUGUCAUACUUGCGGGAGCUUCUUAUGGACGUCUCGUCGGGAGCUUCCUUGGUUCUCUUUCUGAACUUGAUGUGGGUCUGUUUGCUCUUCUCGGAGCUGCCUCCUUCCUUGGUGGCACCAUGAGGAUGACGGUGUCUCUGUGCGUCAUACUUCUGGAGCUCACAAAUGACCUAUUGAUGCUCCCAUUGGUAAUGCUGGUUCUCCUAAUUUCCAAAACUGUAGCAGACUGUUUCAACAAAGGUGUCUAUGAUCAAAUUGUGAAGAUGAAAGGUUUACCUUAUUUGGAAGCACAUGCAGAGCCAUACAUGAGGCACUUGGUUGCAAGUGACGUCGUUUCUGGUCCAUUAGUUACGUUUUCUGGGGUUGAAAAAGUGGGAAAUAUAUAUCAUACUUUGAAGAAUACAAGGCACAAUGGGUUCCCUGUGAUUGAUGAGCCACCAUACUCUAGUGCUCAGGAGUUGUAUGGGCUUGUUUUGAGGUCUCAUCUGCUUGUGUUGCUUAAAGGAAAGAAAUUUUCGAAACAGAGAAAUAUGACUGGAUCAACAAUAAUGACGAUCUUCAAGGCACAUGAUUUUGCAAAGCCGGGCUCGGGCAAGGGGCCCAAGCUCGAGGAUUUGGACAUUACCGAGGAGGAGAUGGAAAUGUAUGUCGAUCUUCAUCCCAUUACCAACACAUCUCCAUACACUGUAGUCGAAUCCAUGUCUCUAGCCAAAGCUGCUGUACUCUUUCGACAACUUGGCCUUAGGCACUUGUGUGUGGUGCCGAAAACUCCUGGGAGGCCCUCUAUAGUUGGAACCUUGACACGGCACGACUUCAUGCCGGAGCACAUAUUGGGACUCUACCCACAUAUAAACCCCCACAAGUAGGGCAAGCAAGCAAGCAAGUCACCCAUGUGUUUUCCGCCUCCAUGAACUUCAACAGUAUCAUGUUUUCUUGUACAAUUUUCAUUAGACCUUUCCGGGCACUUUUUUUUUUUUUGGUUACAUAAUUUUUUUUUUGAGGGAUUCAGGAUUCUUUAAUAAGGCGGAAAACAGUUUUUUAGAUGAAUUUUCAGUACCUAUAUAAUAUACAAGUAUUGUUUACUUAA